UCUUUUUUCUUUCUUUCUUUCUUCCUUGCUUCUUCUUCUUCUCCUGCUGUAACUCCCCAACAACACAAAAACCUCAAUAACACAAACCACACCCUAUCUCUCCCUUUAUAUUAACAACACCAGAUCACUAAUAUUAAUAAUUAUAAUAAUUAAUCACCGAGUGGAUCAAAGGGUUCCUUCGGAGCAAAUAAAUUUUCGCACGGGCUGGGGACAUGAUGAGAGCAGCAAACAUGGCUCUGGAAUGUGUACCUUAUCACCCUAACUACUAGCUAUAGAUCAGGAGAGGAAAGAGCCCUCGGUUUUUCUUUUCUUUUUAAUUUUUUCAUUUGCACUUUUCUACACUCUUUUUGAUAAACUCCAUGGAGGACCAAGCGAAUCAGAACCAAGGCCAAGGUCCUCCACCGCCGCAGCCUCCACCACUUCCGGCGCCGGAAUCUGAACCACCGGUGGAGGAGGAGGAAGAGGAUGAAGAAGACGAUUCCAAGAAAGAGGAGGAGGAACUUGUCGCCAAGGUUAACAGGCUCAUGGAGAAGAUUAUUUCUGCGCCCGAUAACCCUAAGCCCGCGGUUCUCCAUGCCCUGGCCUCUAUCCUCGAAACGCAAGAGUCACGAUACAUGGAAGAGAAUGGUUAUUCUUCUUCAAGUAAUGCCCGUGCUGCCCAUAACAUUGGGCGCCUUGGGAGCUUAAUUCGGGAAAAUGACGAGUUCUUUGAGUUGAUAUCUUCGAAGUUUCUGGCAGAAUCGACGUACUCAACUGCCGUUCAAGCUGCCACUUGUAGACUUCUCUUAUGCUGUUCACUGACUUGGAUUUAUCCUCAUGUUUUUGACGAACCUGUACUGGACUGCAUCAAAGAGUGGGUGCUGGAUGAUAAUGGUAGACUAUCUGCUGAAGAGCAAAAUCUGAAGCAUAACUCUGGGAGAAGGGAUGCCUCAGAUUCUGAAAUGUUGAAAACCUAUUCAACAGGAGUUCUUGCUGUGUGUUUGGUUAGCGGAGGUCAAGUUGUGGAGGAUGUAUUGACAUCUGGAUUGUCAGCUAAGCUCAUGCGUUAUCUCCGUCUGCGUGUGCUUGGUGAGACAAGUAGCAGCCAGAAAGAAAUUACUCAUGCAACAGAUAGUAGGCAUGCAUCAGGGAAUAGUUCAGUCAGAGUUAGAGAUGAUGGUCGUGGAAGAUUUCGCCAGCUCUUGGAACCUUGUCAUUUAGAUGAUUCACGGAUGGUUGAUGAUAGAUCUUUAGAUGAUGUAUCUCUUGAAAGGGGCCUUGAUAAAAGCAUUAGUGGACAAGAAGAUUCCUGGGUUGAUGGCGAGCCCCCUGACUUGCUUGGCAAAAAUGCUGAUAUCCGUGAGGCAGAUGCUGAUGAUGAGGAUAGAUGGCACUGUACAGAUAUAAGUGAUGGAAGGAUGAAAUAUGGCGAGCAUGAUGACAAUUUGAGAGAUGAUUCUUCGAGAAGGCGCACAAAUCGUGGAUGGGGAAGAUCCAAAGGAAAAGGAAGGGUCAACGAAGGGACUGUAGAAAGUGAAGCCAUUGUUUCAUCACCUGGUUCUGGUAGUCGACUAGGGCAGGGACGUAGUGUCAGAGAUAGGACCAUGCAGAGGAAUGUUGAUGUUAGAAGGGUGCCUGAUUCUAAAAAGAAUGCUAGGACAACUUCAGAUGCUUCUGUUUUGGAAAGAGGGGAUAAUGAUGAUUGCUUCAGAGACUGCCGUAUUGGAAGUAGAGAUAUUUCUGAUAUUGUUCGGAAAGCAAUCUGUGCUGCUGAAGCUGAAGCCAGAUCUGCCAAUGCACCUGAUGAAGCUGUUAAAGCAGCUGGUGAUGCGGCUGCUGACCUUGUUAAAACCACAGCUUCAGAGGAGUUUAAAUCCACUAAUGAUGAAGAUGCUGCUGUUUUGGCUGCUUCAAGGGCUGCAUCCACUGUUGUUGAUGCUGCAUCUGCAGUUGAGGUUUCAAGGAGCUCCAUUAGUAUCAAUACUGAAACAGAGAAUGUGAGUGGUGCAGAACCGGAAAUUGUUGAGGAUGUUGAAGAGUACUUCAUCCCAGAUAUCCAAUCCCUUGCACAAUUAAGGGAAAAGUAUUGCAUUCAGUGCCUUGAGUUACUUGGAGAAUAUGUAGAAGUUCUUGGCCCCGUGUUACAUGAAAAGGGAGUAGAUGUAUGUCUUGCUCUUCUGCAGCAAAAUUCCAAACAUCGGGAGGCAUCCAAGGUUGCUUUACUGUUGCCUGAUGUCAUGAAGCUGAUAUGUGCUUUAGCUGCUCAUAGGAAAUUUGCUGCACUAUUUGUGGACCGUGGGGGAAUGCAAAAGCUGCUAGCUGUCCCUAGAAUGGCUCAAACUUACUUUGGCCUAUCGUCUUGUCUAUUUACCAUUGGUUCCCUUCAGGGAAUAAUGGAAAGGGUUUGUGCUCUUCCGUCAGACGUUGUUUUUCAUGUUGUUGAGUUGGCUCUCCAACUCCUGGAGUGCAACCAAGAUCAAGCGCGCAAAAAUGCAGCAUUGUUUUUUGCCGCUGCAUUUGUCUUCAGAGCAGUUCUUGAUGCUUUUGAUUCUCAAGAUGGACUACAGAAAUUACUGGGUCUUCUAAAUGAUGCUGCGUCGGUAAGGUCUGGAGUAAAUUCUGGAGCCUUGGGCUUAUCAAGUGCAGGAUCUCUUCGGAAUGAUCGAUCAUCUGCAGAAGUGCUGACAUCAUCUGAGAAGCAGAUUGCCUACCACACUUGUGUUGCUUUGCGACAAUAUUUCAGGGCACAUCUCCUUUUAUUAGUUGAUUCAAUUCGCCCAAACAAAAGUAACCGUAGUGCUGCUAGGAACAUCCCAAGUGUAAGGGCCGCGUACAAGCCACUUGAUAUCAGUAAUGAGGCCAUAGAUGCAGUAUUCCUACAAUUGCAAAAAGAUCGGAAGCUUGGUCCUGCAUUUGUAAGAACUCGCUGGCCAGCUGUGGAGAAAUUCUUGGCUUAUAGUGGCCAUAUUACUAUGUUGGAAUUGUGUCAGGCCCCACCUGUGGAACGAUAUUUGCAUGAUUUGCUCCAGUAUGCAUUGGGUGUUCUGCAUAUUGUGACUUUGGUACCUAGCAGUCGUAAGAUGAUUGUAAAUGCAACACUAAGCAAUAAUCGUGUUGGUAUAGCAGUGAUUUUGGAUGCUGCAAAUAUUGUUAGUAGUCAUGUGGAUCCGGAGAUCAUCCAGCCAGCAUUAAAUGUUUUGGUCAACCUUGUUUGCCCCCCACCUUCAAUCAGCAAUAAACCUGCUUUGGCUUCACAAAGUCAACAGUCUGCUUCUGCCCAGACCUCAAAUGCUCCACCCUUGGAGAGUAGAGACAGGACUGCUGAACGUAAUAACCCGGAUCGAGUGGCUGCUGUUACCAGUCAGAUUGAUCCUAGAGAAAGGAAUGGGGAAUCCGGUGCUGUAGAUCGAACGACAACAAUAUCUAGUUCACAAACACUGAAUAACACUCCACAAACUCCUGGUUCUGCAACAACCUCAGGAUUAGUUGGCGACCGGAGAAUCACUCUGGGUGCUGGAGCAGGUUGUGCUGGCCUAGCUGCACAACUAGAACAAGGAUAUCGUCAAGCAAGAGAAGCUGUUCGUUCUAAUAAUGGUAUAAAGGUUCUUUUGCAUCUCCUCCAACCUCGCAUAUAUUCACCUCCUGCUGCUCUAGAUUGCCUUCGUGCUCUAGCAUGUCGAGUCCUACUUGGAUUAGCUAGAGAUGAUACAAUUGCACACAUAUUGACGAAGCUUCAGGUUGGGAAAAAGCUUUCAGAGCUAAUUCGCGAUUCAGGCAGCCAGACAACUGGAACAGAGCAGGGCAGGUGGCAAGCUGAACUUUCCCAGGCUGCAAUUGAGUUGAUCGGGAUUGUGACUAAUUCAGGGCGUGCAAGUACAUUAGCUGCUACUGAUGCAGCUACUCCUACCUUGAGGCGCAUAGAAAGAGCAGCUAUAGCUGCUGCUACUCCUAUUACAUACCAUUCAAGGGAACUUUUGCUCCUAAUUCAUGAACACCUGCAGGCAUCUGGAUUGUCACAAGCUGCUUCUACGUUGCUUAAAGAGGCUCAAUUGACUCCCUUACCAUCAUUGGCUGCUCCAUCUUCUCUUGCACAACAGCCAACCACACCAGAAGUUUCCUCAACAUCAAUUCAGUGGCCAUCUGGUCGGGCCCCUUCUGGAUUUCUCAGUAAUAAAUUAAAAGCUAAUGGAAGGGAUGAGGAUGUCAGCUUGAAAAUUGAUUCUUUCUCUGCAAAGAAAAAAUCAUUGACCUUUUCAUCAUCUUUUGGUUCACAUUCAAAACGUCACCUUGCUGAUUCACAGCAGCCCCCAUCCAGAAAAUGGUUAAGUGCUGGGAAGGAAUCUUCAGAUACUAGUAUUCUAGAGAUGGCAUCUGAAUCCUCAGGGAAACAUAACAUUGAUACUGGAUCUCACUGUAAGACUCCAAUGAACAUGCCAACAAAGCGCAAGCUUUCUGAUUUAAAGGAUAUAGGAAUGUUCUCAUCAUCUGCCAAGCGGUUAAAUGUUGGGGACCAAGGACUUCGCUCUCCUAUUUUUUCAAGUUCAAUACGGAAAACUACUCAGCAUGCUGAUUUUGCCGGGCUUUCUACACCAAUUUCUAACCUAAGAAGUACAGCUGACAAUGGGGAUGAGAACCAAUACAGUAUUUCAAAUCCAAGUCAGAUGACGCCAUCCUCCCAAGUGUUAAAUGAUCUUCAGCCCAACAACCCAGAACGAGUUACCCUUGAUUCUCUAGUGGUUCAAUAUUUAAAGCAUCAGCAUCGCCAAUGCCCAGCUCCUAUUACCACUCUUCCUCCACUCUCUCUUCUUCAUCCUCAUGUUUGUCCUGAGCCAAAGCGAAGCUUAGACGCGCCUUCUAAUGUGACUGCUCGGCUUGGUACACGUGAAUUUAAACUUGCAUAUGGAGGAGUGCAUGGGAAUCGCAAGGAUAGGCAAUUUGUUUACAGCAGGUUUAGGCCAUGGCGCACUUGUAGGGAUGAUGCUGGUGCCUUGUUAACAUGCAUUACCUUCCUUGAGGACUCUUCUCAUAUUGCUGUUGGGAGCCACAAUGGGGAGCUAAAAUUGUUCGACUCUAACAACAACAAUGUGGUGGAGAGCUACACCGGUCACCAGUCUCCUUUGACGCUUGUUCAGUCUUUUGUUUCUGGUGAGACCCAGCUGUUGCUUUCAUCAAGCUCCCAAGAUGUUAGGCUGUGGGAUGCAGCAUCAAUUUUGACUGGUCCUACCCAUUCAUUUGAUGGGUGCAAGGCUGCCAGGUUUAGCAAUUCUGGGAAUGUCUUUGCAGCCUUGUCAACUGAAUCUACGCGGCGGGAAAUCCUCCUGUAUGAUAUCCAAACUUGUCAGCUAGAAUCGAAGUUGACAGAUACAUUUGCAACUUCUACUGGGCGUGGUCAUGUGUAUUCUUUAAUUCACUUUAGCCCCUCUGACUCAAUGCUGCUUUGGAAUGGUGUCUUGUGGGACCGGCGGGUUUCUGGGCCUGUUCAUCGUUUUGAUCAGUUCACAGACUAUGGAGGUGGAGGCUUUCAUCCUGCUGGUAAUGAGGUAAUUAUAAACUCAGAAGUCUGGGAUCUGCGCAAGUUCAGGCUACUACGUAGUGUUCCUUCAUUAGAUCAAACAUCAAUAACAUUCAAUGCACGUGGUGAUGUAAUGUAUGCAAUCUUGAGGAGAAAUCUUGAAGAUGUGAUGUCAGCAGUCCACACACGUCGUGUCAAGCAUCCUCUUUUUGCUGCAUUCCGAACAGUUGAUGCAAUUAAUUAUUCUGACAUAGCUACUAUACCUGUGGAUCGCUGUGUCCUUGAUUUUGCAACUGAGUCAACAGAUUCAUUUGUUGGGUUGAUUACUAUGGAUGAUCAAGAUGAGAUGUAUGCAUCGGCUAGAGUCUAUGAAAUUGGUCGCCGGAGACCAACUGAUGAUGAUUCUGAUCCUGAUGAUGCAGAAAGUGAGGAGGAAGAUGAGGAUGACGACGAUGAUGAUGGUGAUGUAGAUCCACUGUUAGGCCCUGGUUUCCGUGGUGAGAGCGAUAGUGAUCCUGAUGACAUGAGCAAUGAUGAAGAUGAUGAUAGUAUAAGUGAACUUGAUGAUGAUGAAGAUGGUGACUUUAUGUUGGAUGACGUCGAGUUCGACGGAGGACCAGGGAUAUUGGAGAUUUUGACGGAGGGGGAAGAGGAGGAUGAUGAAGAUAGUGAAGUACUCGAAUCCUUAAGUAGCGAUGAAGAGGAUUAUGUGGGUAAUGGCUUUGGUUAUUAACUGUUAAUCAAAGAGGCUGUAAUUAUUAUUUCUUUCUUUUCAUUAUAUUCAUUUUUGGCCGAAAGGUUUUUCUUUUUAUAA